AUGUCAAAGGUUCUCGGUCACAAACAUACGGGAUCCGUAACUCAAAAUCAAAAAGCGCAUCUUGCUCAUGCUUAUAAUGAACUUGGAAAGGAGCUGUCAUCGCAUAAACUGAGAGUUGUAGGGAAUUACACUUUGGGUAGGGUCAUUGGCGAAGGUGCCUAUGGUAAAGUGCGAAUAGGCACUCAUCGGCUGACUUCGACCCGUGUCGCCAUUAAACAAAUACCUAAGUCCAUGUCUGCCUCGCUUACUCGCGAAAUUCAUCACCAUCGCCAGCUACAUCACCCUCAUGUCACACAGAUGUAUGAAGUCAUUGCAACCGAAUCUUCCAUUUGGAUUGUCACUGAGCUUUGCUCGGGAGGAGAGCUCUUCGACUAUCUGACCGAAAAGGGAAGGUUUUCUGAAGAUGAGACUAGAUUAUUGUUUGGUCAGUUGUGUCUCGCCGUCGCACAUCUUCAUGAAAAGGGCAUCGUUCACCGGGAUUUGAAGCUGGAAAAUGUCCUGCUUGAUGAACGCUGUCGAGUCAAGCUUGGUGAUUUCGGCUUCACCCGCGAGUUUGAGCGCGGAGUUUUGAUGGACACCUAUUGCGGAACAACUGGUUAUGCUUCCCCAGAGAUGCUACAAGGAAGGAAAUACUUUGGUGCUGGUCAGUGGGCCAUGGCUCGAUCGGAAAUGUCACUAAAUAUUUCUUUAGAGGUGGACAUAUGGUCUCUUGGUGUCAUCCUAUAUGUUUUGCUCACAGGAAUGCUGCCCUUCGACGACGACGACGAACAGAUCAUGCGCGAUAAAGUCAUAGUAGGCGAAUUUGAGGAUCCAGAAUGGUUAUCAGCAGACGCUCGAGAUUUAAUCAAAAACAUCUUACAGAAAGAGCCCUCAAAACGCUUGACUAUACCUCAAAUCCUUGAACAUCCUUGGUUCGCAUCGAAUGCAUCGAAUGACCCGAAUACCAUCUUUGUUCGUGAGCCGCGGUCGCGUGCCAUUUCUCCACUGCCGAAUCCUCCCAUACACGAUAUUGCGGACUCUGCUCUCUCUUCAGAGGCCUCUACUACCGACUCAAGUGUAACCUCACAUCUAGAGUCUAGUACAUCCGCGCCCACUACUCCUGACCACUCAGUCGUUGACCCCUUUGAGAAUAACCAACCUACUACCACCUUCCAUCCUAACAUGAGCGAAACCACUAUUCGAAAGGUCAACGAUGAACCCAAAGCUACGCUUCAUCAUCCUGAAACUGUCACAGAAGAGGGUCAAAACGAGGACGCGGUCCUCGAAAUACCGCUGAAUCUUCAACGUCAGCGUACAAACUCUUCUGGACGUUCCUCUGCCCCUCCCGUCCACACAGUACGGACUCCAGCACGUACAAAACGACGUUCUGUAUCGUCGACACUGUCAGACCCUGAACACGACCCGACACCUAAUGGCACGGAGAAAUCACUACCGCAGAAAGAUAUUGAUCUUAACUUCUCCUCAUUAUUGUUUACACCAGCUCCGAUAAUAUUCUCCACACCGCUGGAGCGGGAGCUGCUGAACGUUAUGAGUUUACUUGGAUUUGAUCUUGGUCAAAUUGUAUAUUCAGUACUCAAUGAUGCCUGUGACUCCGCAGGAGCUGUGUGGUGGAUGUUGAAGCGCAAGGCAGAGAAAAAGCUACUAGAAGAGGGCACUGACAGCCUCUUCAGUGGCAUCGGAACCGACGGUACGUUAUCGCCAACCAUCGACGAGCAUCUAGGAAAAUAUCGUUCCUCGUCGUCAAGCAGGAGAAAGAAACAUAACAUGGGUAUUCAAACUGAGAGUACACCCCCUCAUCUCAAUCUCUCAAAAGCCACCCCACAAUUGACAUUUAUCCCGGCUACACCAACAUUCCCCCCUCGUCCUUCUACACCUCCACGACCAGUUUCCCCAUCACCCUCAAGGUCUCCAAUGUUGACGCCAUCAUCGUCGGUAGUCAUUGACGCUUCCAAGUCACACCCGACAACACCCGGGAGCAGCAGUGGCCCCAAAGGUAGAAAGAAUCGUGCAGGCAGUGUCAGUAUCAUGCAGCGCGCGACUACCGCACUUGAAGCAGCCGGAUUGGUGCGCAAAAAAUCCUCAGAAGCAGUCCGGGAGGAACGGGAGAAGGACAAGGAGAAAGAACGGGAGCUCGAGAAGAAGAAUGAAAGGAAGCUGACCGGAGGGUCAAUCGAGGAACGACCGAGGUCUUCGCAUGGAAGCGUCUCGUCGUGGCGAAAAUCCCCUCCCUUAAGACCCUCCAAAGAUCCCUCGACUCCCCCUCCCAGCGAACUACAUCAUCCCCAGCCACACAUAGGAUCCCCGUGGGUUCUUGCCGAUACGCAGGAAUCACCACCUCCCCAAUCAGGGUCAAAUGCCUCUCGAAUUGCACCUACACCAGCCAAUUCCCCUGGAGCUUCGGAUCCGUUCGUUUCCCCUGAUAAUGGAGGCUUCAAUAGUAAUUCAGUCUCAAAGUCAUCAACUUCUUCACAUAGGAAUCGAGCAAACCUGCUUACUGCGUUUCGGCUGUGGUUCCAGGAGGACCGGAAAGGAAAGCGGAAGGAGAACAGGGGAGGUAGCACGUCUCUCAGAACUGGUGGAGGGUCUGGGCAAAGUUAUAGCUCCGCUAAUGUUAAACGUCGCACAAGCUCUGGGAACUCUGCCAACCAGCUUAUCAAUCGACGUGGUGGUCGACGACCUCAGCGUCCAUCGAUGUCUUCUCGCAGGUCGAGCAGUGUUAAUUCUCGUACCAGCGUCACCUCAGUGCAAAUGGUUCUAUUAGAUUCGCCCCAAGUCGCCGGACGAAGAUCAUUUGGUAGCCACACCCCAAAUUCGGACCGAGCAGAUUUUGCCCCCAACUCCUCUAGACCUUCCUCUGUCCGAAGUUUCUCUACCCAACAACGUCAUAGAAAGAGUCCAUCCGUUAGCUCAACUGGUUCUGUUCAUUACCGCGCGACGUCACCCAUGCAAACAAGGUAUCAUCGUCGAGGGGGCUCGGGGUCUUCUACAACCACACGUGUAGUUCGCCAACCUGGAACACCCUCUAAUUCUGGAAGACCGACGCAUGUGCGGUCCAGUUCAGCAGCAUCUUCAAUUCAUUCUCCCCCAUCCUCACGACCCACAUCGUUUAUUGAUUAUAAUUCUGAUUACGAAGGUGGUGGAGGCGUUCGAACAUCAUCUCCGUACAAAAUUCGUCGAUCAUUUGAGGAGACAACACCCCGGCGGCCGACGGCGACGACAUUUGUCGCCCAAAAAAGGCAGGGGCCUUUCGCAAGUCCCCUCCAUGGCCACGGAUAUGGCGGAAGUGUAGGCCGUUCAAGUUGGAAAAAAGCUUGGGGAUUAGAACCACCGGGUUGGAGAACGCGCGGUGCUCAAGCGGUAGAAGUUUUAACCAUUUCCCCGUCAGAAGGCACAAGCCUACGAGAUGUGUUCUCUGGCCCGGGACGAUUGUCGUUGAGCUUGGGGGAUGAAAGCGACUGGGUGGAUGAAGACGACGAUAUACCAUACGCUGUCGGCCUUGGUCAAAUGACGGUGAUAAGUCCUGGUUCUAGUGGUUCUGGACCUAACUCAAGUGGUGACGGUGCUGUACUGCUGGGGCCUGCACCGCGUAGACCGAGCGCUGGUACUGGAAAGAGGGGGAGCAAAGGUCGGAAGGCUUCGCCCAUUGAGCGUGCUCCUCCUGUGACAAGUGAUACCUAUGAGAUACCGGAACCACGAGGGGGGAGGCGUCAGCUUCCCGCGGGUCGAUCCUCCGGUCCUGCAUUCAAACAGAUUAUGGAGGAGGACGAAGAGGAGGAAGAGGAGUAA